AUCGGCAAGAAUGCAGCAGUUAUACAUUGCUUAAUAACCAAGAUCGCAACAUAAAGUACAGAAGUGGUAGCAGUUCGUUGUUGUGUGACAGUAGUAUUUCAACCGGAUGGUACAGAUUUGGUGGUGAUGCUGGAACUCAGUUGUCUACUACUUGUAUUCCGAGAAAACAAGACUUCAACAAUUUAAAAUGUCGUACUCAUGUUGUUUCAUGGUUGAAUGGCACUCAUCCAUCUGUCAGUGAUGGAAAAGUCACACGCAGGGUGUGCUUCAGUUGGGAUGGAAGAUGUUGUUAUGCGACAAGUGUUGCGAAUUUGAAGACAUAUAUCGAAGUGAUCAACUGUGGAUAUUUUUAUAUCUACAAACUG